AUGCCAGCCGUUGAUCAUUUGGUGCGUUUGCUAAGAUCUUACAACUCCGCCAGGGAUCUGUGGAAGGGGAGGCAAAUCCACGCAUCCAUUCUCGAGUCCGGCGAUCUGUGUUCCAAUACUUUUCUCGCCAAUCUCGUUGUCCAGAUGUAUGGGAAGUGCGGGAGCACAGAGGACGCGAGGAGGGCUUUCGAUCGAAUCCACGCGCCCAAUGCCUUCUCGUGGAGUAUACUCCUCUCGGGCUACAUCCACUGCGGCGAGAUCAACGAGGCAAAGAAAAUCUUCGAUAGAAUGCCCGAUCCCGACGUGGUGUCGUGGAAUUCGAUGCUCGGCGUCUAUGCCAAGCAGGGCUCUGUCGAAUGCGUUAAAGGCUUCUUCGAUCGAAUGCCUGUGAGGAGCUUGAUCUCGUGGAAUACGGUGCUUUCUGCGAUCGCCGAUUAUGGGCAUUUUGAUAAGUGCCGAGAGUGCUUUGAUCGAAUGCCGCAAUGGAGUGUUCUAUCAUUUACUGUAGUUUUAGAAGCACUUUAUCAAACAGGAAACAUAGAUGAGGCUGAACGUAAUUUUGAUUUGAUGCCAGAAAGAAACAUAGUUUCCUGGAAUAUGCUGAUUGUUAGAAAUGCCCAGACAGGGCACUUUGAAACAGUUGAAAGCAUUUAUGCGAAAAUUCCAGCCACGAACAUUGUGACUUGGAACUCAGUCUUGGAUGCAUACAAACAGAAAGGUGAUGUUUUGAAAGUGCAUAAGUAUUUUGAGGAAAUCCCAGAAAAAGACGUCGUCAGCUGGAACACUCUUCUGUCUGCAUUUGCCGUGAAUGGAAAUUAUGAAAGUGGAAAAGCGUUGUUCCUUGGAAUGCCAAUAAGGAGCCUUGUAUCUUGGAAUAUUGCACUUCAGAUGUUUUCAAAAGAAACCUUAAGCACCACCCAUGAAGUUUUCAUGUCUAUGCCGAAAUGGGAUCCAGUCGCGUGGACGCUUAUGAUUCAAGCACAUACCGCGAACGGGGAUUUGGACAUGGCACGGGAAUUGUUUGAUGAAAUGCCCGCAAAGACGAUGGCGGCGUGGACGGCCAUGAUCACAGCGCACUCGCAGAGAGGACGUGUGGCAGAUGCAAGAGCCCUCUUCGAUGCCAUGGACGAGCGCGAUAGUGUUGCAUGGACAGCCAUGAUCGCCGGCUAUGCGCUUCAUGGCGACAAUGGAAGAGCCAAAGAGCUCUUCGACGCCAUGGGUGACGGGAAGACUAUCGUCUCCUGGAACGCAAUGCUGGGAUCCUUGUCCGGCGAUAUUGCUAAGAUGGAGCGAUUCAUGCACAAAAUGCCCAGAUGGGACGUGAUCUCUUGCAACUCAGUCGCGGCCAUCCACGCGCAGAGCAAAGGUUCUUGCGAUGCUGCCAAGUUUCUAUUCGAUUCCAUGCUGGAGCGCAAUGUCUUCUCGUGGAACACACUGAUCCUCGCGUUUGGAUCGAGCGAGCGAGCCGUGGAAGCCAACCGAGCGUUCGAAAGAAUACCCCACCGGGAUUUGAUCACCUGGAGCUCCAUCGUCGCCGCCAACGCACAGAACAGCCAAAUGGAUCGCGCGGAGGAGCUAUUCGCGAGCAUGCCCGAAUGGGACGUAUACUCUUAUAACGCAAUCCUAAGUCUCUAUGCCCAGACCGGGCAUAUCGAUCGAGCAAAGGCAUUGUUUGAUGGGCUCUGGAUUAAAGACUCGAUAACUUGGAGCACGAUGGUGGCAGCGUAUGCCCAAGACGGAGGAUCACACACCAACUUAGCGAUGGAGCUCUUUCGUCUCAUGGUUUUGGAUGGCUUCUCCCCUCACGGGCUGUGUUUCGUGAGCUUGCUCGCAGCGUCCAGCCACCUCGGGCUCAAACACGAGACGCGAGAGAGCUUCGCGUCGAUGGUCUCGGACUUUGGCGUGGAUCCAAGCCCGGAGCAUUUUCUGUGCGUGAUCGACGCCUUGGGACGGUCUGGCGAGCUGGGAAGAAGCCGAGAGCUGAUUGAAAGCAUGCCGUUUGUGCCGGACGAAGGUGCGUGGAGCACAUUGCUUGCCGCUUGCUCUAGAGGCCAUGGAUCGAGCGUGGAGGAGCUGGCAGCACACAAAACUCUCGAGCUGGAUCCGCGGAGUAGCCCGACUUAUGUUCUUCUCUCCAGCGCUCUAUGCUGCCAAGUUUGA